UGCUUUUCAAAGCUGGUUGGAUCAAGCUAGACCGAUCUUUGCUGAAAUCGAUGCUAGGGAAAGCGAAAGCGGCGUCAUUCUUCUCAACUGCACUAUACGUUUCGUGGAGGAAGAUAAAGACACCGUCCUAGCCUACAGCAGAUUUCCAGGCGGUUGCUUCGCGUUUGUGCUCUACUACAGGUAGCUUUGGUUUAUUCGAAAACUCAAAAUAACCGAGUUACUGAAUGAAAUAAGGGAGGCACUAGCUUAACAUCAAGGCUACUCUUCCUUCUCUACAGUAUCUCGGUUAUUCUCGUCUGUUACUCGCUUACUUUAUAUUAGUUUUUCGACUAAAUGUUUCAUCGAAAAUGCAGUGGUCCUUGUGGUCAUCUUCUGGUGGUUGACUUUGUUUCCUCACUACAACAGGCUCCCCCGCAAGCCGCAGACCAUCGAGACAGAAGUUCUAGCAGAUUACCAUCGUCAGUUUGUGACAUGCACUCUGAACGUUGGCGGUUCCUUCUAUCUGCCCUAUCGGAAGUGUUAUUCACGCGGAGAAUUUAAGAGCGCCUAUCCAAAGGUUUCAGACUUCGCAGCAUUGAAGGAAAAGC